UCCCGCUUCUUGGCUUCCCAUCUUCUCUUCGUCGCCGGAGCGCCAAGAAACAAAGAACUCACCAUCCCCACCUCUCCACCGCGCGCCUCUGCUCUCCAGCGUCACCGACUCACCGGCGACCGAUGGAGCUGUUCCAGGACGGCCAGCACGUGCGGCUGCGGAGCCGCGGGCGCGGGACGUACCUGCACGCCGACGACGACGGGCUUGGCGUCUCCCUCCGCCGGCUCCGCGCGUCGAUGAACGUGGCUUGGGCGGUGCACUUGUACCAGGGCCAGUACCUGCUCCUCCAGAGCGCCGCCUACGGUGGCUACCUCGCCGCCACGGCCGCGCCGGCGCGCCGCGGCCACCGCGGGCGCCGCGUCGAGCAGCGCAACUACUUUCACUCGGAGGUGGAUCUAAUGCUUUGGCAGGCCGUCCAGAUGGAGAACCUCUUCCUCAACCACAUCAACGGCGGCAACCUCCGCGCCAACGGGAGGUACCGCCGCUGGAAGAACGGCGUCAGCGUCGACCACAUCGACGACAUCAACAACAUCAGCACGAUGAUGCACUGGGUCGUGGAGGUCAUCCCCGCCAGGGAGAUCAUGCCUCGCCUUCCACGUCCGUCUCCGCUUCCCGACCUCUUGUUGCGGCCGCGGAUGAUCAUGUACGUGUGGCCGGACAUCCACGGGGGCCUCAUCACCCACGGCACGUUCGUGUUCGGGGGGAGGUCCGUGUUCCGCCUGAGGAGCGAGCUGGCUACGCGGCUGGGCGACCUCGCAAUCAUGGACCUGGAGGUCGCCGACCUCGUCAUGUGCUUGCCCACGCAUGAUGGCCGGCUUAUUCCACUGGUCGUCGAUCUGCCCCGCAGCGGCGAGACCCUCCACAUCAUCGUCGUCAUCGUCGGGUCGCCUGCCUACAUGGCGCUGCAGUACGCGGAUGUCGAUGCAUAGCAGAGAGAUAACAGAGCCAGGACACCUAGAAGUCUCCUUCAUGUCCACCUCGUCGGAAGUGUCAGCCUACAUGGCGCUGCAGUACGCGGAUGUCGAUGCAUAGCAGAGAGAUAACAGAGCCAGGACACCUAGAAGUCUCCUUCAUGUCCACCUCGUCGGAAGUGUCGCCGCCUUGGACGCCAUGGCACUAGAACUCGGUUCCUUUAGUAGUUUAGUUGAAUUGUUGAAAUAUGGGUUCAGGAAAACCCAGCUUUGGUUUAGUAGGAAACCAUUUCAACGUUGGCAUCACCAUUAUGUACACCCGAAACUGCUUGAACAUUAGUCUGUAAUAAUGCGUUGACAAUGGCCACUAUUCCAUGGCAUUCUCUUAGCUGCAGUGAGUUGAGCACUUGAGUUAUUCUGCUGAAAGUUUCAGUCCAUCA